UGAGCCAGAGCAUAAGUUUGAUUUGUGUCAAAGGGAAACAGCUCAGUCAGAUCGAGAGAGCCAUGGCAGAUAAAGUCCUCGACAUGGAGACCUUAACGUGUCCCAUCUGUUUGGAUUUACUGAAGGAGCCGGUGACUAUUCCCUGUGGACACAGCUUCUGUAAGAGCUGCAUUCAGAACUACUGGGAUCAACAGGUGAACUUUAGAUGUCCAGAGUGCAGGAAAAAAUACCGUUCUAGGCCUGUCCUUGGCAAAAACAUCAUCUUAUCAGCGUUAGUGGAGCAGUUGAAGAAGAUAGCGUCCCCUGCUGACCAAUGUGCUGGACCCCAGGACGUGGCGUGUGAUGUGUGCUCUGGAGAGAGGAAGCUGAAGGCCAUCAAGUCUUGUCUACAGUGUGUGGUCUCUUACUGUGAGGUGCACCUCCAGCCUCACCACACUGUGGCAAUGCUGCAGAGGCACCAGCUGGUGACGCCGUCCCACAAACUCCAGGAAAACAUCUGCCAGGGACACAACAAAGUGAUGGAGUUGUUCUGCCGCACAGACCAGCAGCUCCUCUGCUUCCUCUGCUCUGUGGACCAUCACAAGGGUCACGAUGUAGUGUCCUGUGCAGCAGAGAGGGCUCGGAGACAGGCAGAGCAGGACGCCAAGAAGGACCUGGUCCUCCAGAACCUCCAGGACAAAGAUGCAGACCUCCAGAUGCUCCAACAGGAGGCCCAGGACAUCAGCAGCUCUGCACAGAGAGCUGUGCAGCGCAGUGGGGACAUGUUCAGAGAGAUAGCUCUUCUCCUGGACAAAAGACGCUCUGAAGUGGAGCAGCAGAUUCUAACUCAGGAGAAAAUUCAACUGAGCCGAGUUCAAGAGCUCCAGGACCAGCUGCAGCAGGAGGCCACAGAGCUGAGGAAGAGCCUCUCAGAGCUGGAGGAACUGUCCAACAACUCAGAUCACAACCAGUUUAUCCUGCACUGCCUCUCACUGCCCACAGAGAGGACAGGGACCAGGGUCCAGACAGGACACAAACACUUCUUUGAGGAGGUGACCAGAGCUGUAUCGGAGCUCAAAGACAAACUCCAGCUCUCUGUGAGUGAGUUCCAACUGCCAAACCCUCUGCAAUACAUCUCUGCAGAACCAGACAUAUUCACAGAUAUUGACGUUGAGGCUUUACUAUCAGAACCUGACGACUCACUGCCUCCAUCUGCACCCAGCACCCGAAAACAGUUCUUAAAAUAUGCAAAGGACAUUACACUGGACCUAAAGACAAACUGGCUGUCAGUGUCAGAGGGGAACAGAACAGUAACUCAUAAGAGGAAACCACAGCAUGAAGUGGAGGAAUAUGUUGUGAGUCAGGUCCUGAGCAGAGAAGAGCUGAGAGGGCGCUCUUACUGGGAGGUGCUGGUGAGGGGAACUCCUACAAUAGCUAUUUCAUACAAGAAAAGAACCUCAGGGUCUGGAGUAUUUGGAUAUGAUAAUAAAUCUUGGUCCUUAGAAAUAGACAGAAAAAAAUGUUUCUUUUGGUUUAACAAUACCAGAUGCAGGGUCUCAGGUCUGAGGUCUUCUCGAGUCGGGGUUUACCUGGACCAGUCUGCGGGGGUGCUCUCGUUCUAUAGUGUGUCCAGUGAUACUAUGACACUGAUCCACAGAGUCCAGGCCACCUUCACUCAGCCGCUGUACGCUGGAGUCGGGCUUCAGUAUGGAGACAGUGCACAUUUUGUUCAGCUUAAAAAACUUUAAACUAAAACUACUCUGAAAUAUGAUUACACUUUCAGUCUGACCUCAGGAUAUUUCUAUGAGUUAGAUUUAAAUCUGAUUUGAUGCAGUAAUCAAAAAAGUGAUUCACUUUUAUUUUGCCUUUGAGGUAUUUGUUGAAUGUUGAAUGUCUUACUUAAAGAACCUGUAUUCUCUGAUGAAUGUUAAAAAUGUUUCCUCAUCUCUACAUGACAUCACAAGGUGGAACAGAGCAUUUUGAGCAUUGGAGAUGACAGAGUAAAUAAAAGGAUUAAACAAUGAAACAAAACAUAAUUUAAAGCACAGGAGUUAAUUUUGUGCAUUAUAAGACCUGUGAAUGCAACAUGUUGUUAUUCAAUUUAAGUCUAAGGUUGUUGGUUUUUUUUAAUUUACGAAAUGAGUUUUCAUGAAAUGACCCUUGCUUGCUUGUAAAUGGGAUCAGAUGAAUUUCAAAUUUCCUUGUGUAAUGUUUGACAAAAUAUUAAUCAAAUUAAUUAGCUUCACAAAUUUCACAAUUUUACAUUUUUUUGAUCUCCUGUUAGCUGAGUAUUUGUAGUGAAGUUAGUUUUUAUAAAAGACAUGGCAAUAACAAUAAUAAAGAGAUUUCUGUUUAUCUGAAUCUUUUAUUCGAGCAUGAGGUUUCUUUUCGAGUCCAUUCUACUGAGCAGGGAGUUUGUGUUUCGCAUGAACAUUGAGACGUAGGACAUUGUUCUCCAGCAGAGGGCGCCCACUGCAUGUUUCUCUCUCUGUUUAGUCUGACUGUG